AUGAUGUCUAAUAUUUUGAAGGUAUUCUUUCCAUCAACAGGAGAAAGUUCAGAGAGUGGCAGUGGUAGAGUCUCGAGCAUACCAUCUGAAGAAGAUUGUUUACCAUGUACUACGAUUCAAUCGAUAGUAGCUUUAGGAGGAGGUGUUUAUUUCAGUUCACUGUUACCAUUUAAAGAUAGUACCACAGGAAAGAUUGAUCUAGUUAAGCAUCCAUUAUGGUGGCAAAAAUCAGUUAAGGGAGUUGGAAUCUUGGUGUUUGGAUUGGGUGCCUAUAGAGCUGGAGAAGUAAUUCAAAUGAUUUGGAAGAGAAAAUUUCAAUGA